GUCACUUUAGGUCACGUGUUGAUCCGCACAGUGUCUGGCAGCUGGGGUUUGUGGUCUAGGGACGUGAUUGUGGAUUUUAAUCAACACUUUGAUUAAAUCGUGACAUGCCGUUAUUAAGCUCAGGCAGUGGGCUACAGGGAGGAUCUGGAAAUGCUGGUAUCAGUGCAGCUCUGAGAUUUGAAAAGGGUCUUCAAUGCUUGAUUAUCUUGGAAGGAACUCUGGGCACAUCUACGAUCUUGUGUUCUUUUGCUGGGGAGAAUUAGACCACAGUAUUCCCUCUUCCCCCCCCCCCCCCCCCCCGGUGCAGCACAACCAUGUGUAACCAUGGCAACUGCAGCAUCCUGCAAGUGAUGACGUCAUUGCCACCAAACGUGUGAUGAGGGCCAUUUUGGAUUUCUCAACACUUCUCGCCUCGACUUGAGCAGAUGCCCAAAGAAUCACUCACCAGGUCCAUGCGUGUGUUCUCUCUGUUCCUGAUUGAUUCAUUCAAAUCUAGUUGAGGAGGAGUGACUGACAACCAGAGCCUUGCAAAAACACACACACACACACACACACACACACACACACACACACACACAAACACAAACACAGACAUACACACACACACACACACACACACACACAGACGUACAAGAAAGAAUGAAACAUGCGUCUUUGCACCUGGAUUGACAUCACCCUGUAACCGUUCCCAUGGCGGUGUGCAACAUGAGCACGCUGGAGGGCUGUGCCCUGCUCGAGCCGCUGGAGAUGGAGCUGCCGGACGCGGCGGCAGUGCCGGACGAGGACGAUGAGGCGGCUGGCCUGAUGCCCAUCUCCCUGCGGGUCACACUGGCGGCCAUCAUGAUCUUCAUGAUCACCAUCGGCUUCCUGGGCAACGCCAUCGUCUGCCUGAUUGUCUACCAGAAGCCCGCCAUGCGCUCGGCCAUCAACCUGCUGCUGGCCACACUGGCCUUCUCGGACAUCAUGCUCUCGCUGCUCUGCAUGCCCUUCACUGCCGUCACCGUGGCGACCACCGACUGGCGCUUCGGCGGUGGCUUCUGCCGCACGUCCGUCAUGCUCUACUGGCUGUUCGUACUGGAGGGGGUGUCCAUCCUGCUCAUCAUCAGCGUGGACCGAUUCCUCAUCAUCGUCCAGCGGCAGGACAAGCUGACGCCGCACCGCGCCAAGGUGCUCAUUGCCGCCUCCUGGGCGCUGUCGCUGUGCGUGGCACUGCCCUCGGUGGCGGGUUGGCGGGCCGGCCGAGUGCCGGAGGAGGUGGAGGUGGCGCGCGCACCCCAGUGCAUUCUGGGCUACAGUGAGUCGCUGGCCGACCGUGGCUACACGGUGCUGCUGGCCGUGGCUGUCUUCUUCGUGCCGUUCGGCGUCAUGCUCUACUCGUACCUGUGCAUCCUCAACACGGUGCGCCGCAACGCCACGCGCAUCCACAACCACGCCAGCGGCAGCGACGGUGGUGGCACCACUGGGCCAGGGCCCGGUCUGACCCACUCCACCAGCAAGCUGGGGCUCACGGGCCUGCAGCGUCCACCUCAGCUCAGCGUCGACAUGAGCUUCAAGACGCGUGCCUUCACCACCAUCCUCAUCCUCUUCAUCGGCUUCUCAGUGUGCUGGCUUCCACACACGGUGGUCAGCCUGCUGGCCGUCUUCAGCCGCCGCUUCUACGUCAGCGCCGCCUUCUACCCGGUGAGCGUGGGCGCGCUCUGGCUCAGCUACCUGAAGGCCGUCUUCAACCCCGUCAUCUACUGCUGGAGGAUCCGCAAGUUCCGCGAGGCCUGCCUGGAGUUCAUGCCCAAGACAUGCCGCUUCUGUCCCAAGGUGCCCGGGCGGAGCCGGCGGAGGAUACGGCCAAGCAACAUCUACAUCUGCAGCAGCGAGAGCCAGUCAGCUGUAUGAGGACCAACACACAGUUUCCUGCUCCUAUAUACAAAAGAAAAAAGGAAGGGCUAUAAUAUCUGAGUAUUUAUUGUGCUUGUUACAAUGGUGGUAAGGUUUAGGACACCUGAUGUCAGAGUGAGGACCGUGUUGCUAUGUGAUGGUAUGAUGUCAUGUUUUUACAGCAUUUUAAUUUUUCUUUAAUAGCUGAGUCCUUUGAUCAUGAGGCUCAUCUUUGCUGGAGAGAUAUUCUCUGUUAAAUUGUCAUGCCAUAAUAUUAUGCCAUACUUGUUUGACGGGUGGUCAAGCUUUGAGAGACAUGUUUUUCUUACGGUGUCAUUCCUCUGUGUGGUUUUUCUCAGGCCAUACAUGUGCAGCCAGUGGUGUUUGUAAAUGGACAUUUGAACAGAUUUUUGCUUUACUUCAACUGAAAUAACAGCAAACAAACCACAGAGGUUAAAAAAGCAUGUUCCUUUCACCCACUCCUUUAUCUUCAGUCCAGUUGAGGUAUGAGCCACCCUCUGUAUCUAUGAAACUCCUGUCAUUUUGAGUUCUUAUUUCUACAUGAUGAUGAAAUGAUCAAUGUUCUUUAACAAAGAAUUAAUACAAUAAUAUGUAUCUAUGUAUCAUGUUUUUGACAACCAAGGGAAACACAAACAAGGUUUAUAAUGCAGAAUCUUAAUAUCACACUGAAGGGUACAACCCCGAAUCAAAAAAGUUGGGACGUUGUGUAAAAUGCAAAUAAAAACAGAAUGUGAUAAUCUGCAAAUCUAUA